UUGUUUCAAUAUUAAUAUUAUUUCAUUACUGCGGUACUGCGGCUAAUGAUAGACAUUUUUUGUAAUUUUGUUUGGUGAUACUGUGGUGAAUAAUCUGCAUAAAAAGGCGUUACUUGGUUACACAAAUAAAAUUUUUUGCAACUUUAACGUUCAAUCGUUUUGUUUUAAAAACUUUUCUGUCAAUUAUUAUUCAAUAUGUCUGAUAAUAAGCAAAAGCAAAACUCCGAAAAUACGAAUGAAUGGAUUAACUGGGUUGAAGAAGCUAUCGUCAAAGAGCACUUAAAAUUUUACGAAUACAACCAAUUUAGUAACUUUCAACAAAUUGGUGUUGGAAGUUUUGGAAUAGUAUACCGUGCAAAUUGGAAAAACUUAGAAAAACAUUUAGCAUUAAAAUCUUUUUUUAGUCUUGACAACAUCACUGUGAAAGAAAUUGUUCGUGAGUUGAAAAUUCAACGUAAAGUUGACCUUCAUGAUAAUAUUAUACGUUGUCAUGGAAUAACAAAACUUGAACCAGAAAACCAUCAUGGUAACGUUAUUAAUUAUAUGCUGGUAAUGGAAUAUGCAGACGGUGGCAGUCUUCGAAACUAUUUGAAGAAUAACUUUAGUAAACUUACUUGGAAUGAUAAGUACCUUAUGGCGUACCAGUUAUCCAGCGCUGUAUCAUACUUGCAUGUUGAGGGGGUUGUCCAUCGUGACUUGCAUUCAAGCAAUAUAUUAGUCCAUCAAAACACGAUCAAAUUGGCAGAUUUUGGGUUAUCAAAAAGAAUUGGGGCAUCAUCCAAUUUUCAAUCCAAAUUAUUUGGUAUGGUUCCUUAUGUUGAUCCAAAAAGUUUUAACAGAAGAAGAAAUAGUAAUAAUAACCAAAUGUAUUCAUUAAACGAAAAAAGUGAUGUUUACAGUAUUGGAGUAUUAUUAUGGGAAUUAUCAAGUGGACAGCCUCCUUUUUAUGCUGAUGGUGAACAUUAUGAUGUUAGUUUAAUUUUGGAAAUUUCACAAGGUCUUAGAGAAACAGUUGUUCCUGAUACACCCGAUGAAUAUAUAAAAAUUUAUACUAAAUGUUGGGAUGGUGAGCCAAAUAAUCGUCCAACUAUAUUUCAAGUGGUUGAUUGGUUAAAAGUAAUCGUUACAAAAACCGAUAUAAUAAUAGAAAAUCCUCAAUUAUCAAACAAUAAAGAAUUUGAUAAGAUCCCUUCAAGUAUUAAUAAUUCAGAAUCCCAAGGAGAAUUAUCCCGACUUAUUAAUUAUUUUAAUAAAAUGAGUACAAAAGAAAUUUAUGCUAUAGCAGAGUCAUAUAAGCAAGAGAAACUAUCAACUGAAAUAGAUUUUAAUAGUAUAGUUUAUGAAGUAAAUGAUUUAAUUUUUAAAUUAUUAAAUAAAGGAGUUGACUGGCAGUUAUUAGAAGAUAAUGUUAUUGAUUAUUUUAAUAAUCACAAUAUUAAUUUGCAAGAAAUUUAUAAUUGGUUAUUAAAUAAUCAAAAUCAAAAUAAUUUAGAUUCCAUUUUUUUACUUGGAUAUUUCGAUUAUAAGGGAAUUGAAAUUAGCAAAAAUAAUGAGAAAGCAUUUAAUUUAUUUAUUAAUGCGUCAGAAAAAAAUCAUAUACUUGCACAAUAUUUUGUUGGGAAUUGUUAUGAAUAUGGUAAUGGAACUGCAAAAAAUGAAAAAUUAGCUUUUGAAUAUUAUAAAAAGUCAGCUAAUAAAAGUCUUUCGCGUGGACAAACACAAAUUGGUUAUUUUUAUGAAAAUGGAAUAGGCGUUAAAAAAAGUCUAAAAAAGGCUUUUUAUUGGUAUGAAAAAGCUAAAAAUAAUGGAAAUAUAAUAGCUAUGCAUAAUCUUGGUAAUUGUUAUAGAAAUGGAAUGGGUGUUAAAGAAGAUGAAAAUAAAGCUUUUGAAUUGUUUAAACAAUCAGCUGAGGGAGAAUAUUUAGAUGGAAUAAUGAUGUUAGGAUAUUGUUAUGAAAAUGGUAUUGGAACUAAAAUUAAUAUGCAAAAAGCAUUUGAGUUUUAUCAAAAAUCAGCAAAUUUGGGAGAUAUGUUAGCACAAUAUAAUCUUGGUCUUAUGUAUGAAUUUGGAAAAGGAAUUAUAAAAAAUAAGGAUAAAGCAAAUUAUUGGUAUAAAAAAUCUGCCAAACAAGGAUAUCAAAAUGCAAAGAAUAAAUUAGAAUUACUUCGAAAAAAUAAAUCAUGAUAACUAAAGUAUAAAUUCUCAUUUAUUAAGUUGUAAAAUGUAAAUCAGCAGUACUUUUGUUAAAAAAAAACACUCUAAAAUAUAUAAAAUUUCAUCAUUUUUAUAUAUUAAAAAUUCAUAAAUUUACUUGUGAA